AUGUACUCGCGUCCUUCUAUAGACUCUUCUACCCCCCUCUCUCGUUCUCUGUCUAUCCCUCUCUUGUUUGUCAAUCGAUCCAUUCUCUUCUUCACUCUUCUGGAGAAAGCUCUUGCUUAUCACAACACGAUGUCGACUUCGUCCCACCACCCCUCCGCAUUUGACGUUCUCAUGUCGAAUGCUUACGCGAAGAAGAAGAAGCCCCAGAUCUCUACUAGGUCGCCCUCGCCGAAGAAAAGGAAAGUCGAAACCCUGGUUCUUGUUUCUGACUCCUUAAAAACCAGAUCGGAUACGCCGUCUAGGGUUCUAUAUGAAUUCUAG